ACUGCAGUUCACGUUUAAUUGUUUAUUGUUCGGCGGUUGAAUUUUAAUUGUUAUUCGGACAUGGCGCUACUCAGAAAUGCGUCCAACGGCUUUUUGGGUAGCUUCCGCCGGUUUGCCAGCAGUGGAUGCACCAUCUACAGCCUGAGUUCCGGUCAUGUCAAGUGCGGCGUUUCCGUAAUCCGCGUCUCCGGGCCGCAAACAAAGAAGGCACUCCGCGCAAUUGUUGCCAAUAAAGAGUAUGAACCGAAGGCCCGUCAAGCGUACCUUAAAUCUUUCUACCAUCCUGCGAGCAAAGAAAUGAUUGAUCGGGGGCUCCUACUUUGGUUCCCUGGACCCGCUUCUUUUACUGGGGAGGAUUCAUGCGAGUUCCAGGUCCACGGUUCUCUGGCAGUCAUUGCUGCAAUGCUGGAUGCCCUGGGAAAAGUUGACGGCUUAAGACCAGCGGAACCAGGAGAGUUCACCAAAAGAGCCUUUUUCGGAGGCAAACUGGAUUUGACGGAGGUGGAGGGGCUAGCUGAUCUCAUCCACGCCGAAACGGAGGCGCAAAGAAAACAGGCAUUGCUUCAGAGUACCGGGGUAUUGGCUCGUCUUUACGACAACUGGCGACGAAGACUUAUCCGCUGUGCCGCCCACCUAGAAGCAUAUAUAGACUUCGCUGAAGAGGAGCAAAUCGAGGGCGGCAUUAUCCUGCAACUCACAAAAGAACUAAAAGCAGUAAAGAAAGAGAUUAGAGAGCACUUGAGUGACCAGCGGCAGGGUGAACUACUCCGCGACGGAGUACGGACGGUGAUCAUCGGAGCACCAAAUGUGGGCAAGAGCAGUUUGCUCAAUGUCCUUUGCCAGCGGUCUGUGUCCAUAGUGACGGAUCAGGCGGGAACCACUAGAGAUAUUAUCGAAACAAUGCACAACUUCGGGGGAUAUCCCGUGGUGUUUUCGGAUACGGCAGGAUUGCGAAGAUAUACUACAGAUAGUAUAGAGCAGGAGGGAAUGCAGAGAGCCAAGGACUGUCUAGCCCAAUCCGAUUUGAUAUUACUAUUAGCAGAUGCCAAGAACAUCACACAACUACAGCAUGACGACGCUGUGGCUUCUUUCGUAGAUAGUUACUUGGGUGAACUAGAUAUUCCACUGGAGUCAUGCUUAGGAAAACGUCUGCAGUUGGUGGCCAAUAAAACGGACACCCUGUCGGAUGAGGAGCACCAACAGUUGGACAAACUAUCCAAUGUUUUAGCCAUAUCAUGCCAUAAACCUGACAAAAUGCCCGUAUUUCUGGGCAAUCUGGAAAAGCAACUGAAGGAGCUGUGCGGUGAGCCCCGAGCGGAAAAUCCACGGAUCACAAACACUCGCUACCGGCAACAACUGGAGCGCUGCAUUGAGAACAUCGACAUAUUUCUGCGAGAUUACAGACCCGAUGUUUACCCGGACAUGGCCAUUGCCGCCUCCAAGCUGCGCAACGCCGUCCGCUGCAUCGAACGCAUCACCGGACACAUUAGCUGCGAAGAUAUACUCGACGUCGUCUUUAAAGACUUUUGUAUUGGAAAGUAAUUGAUAGUGAUACUAAGUAGUAGCUAGACUGAAAAAUUAUAUACUGCCCGUUGAGUAUUUAAUAAAAAAAAAAUAUUUAA